AUGUGGAUUGCCAAGCUGGACAACACAUUGCGAAGAAUGUGCACCCCCUCUGGGCGUACCGGAAAGCUUGAAGUGUCAGCUGAAGUGCGAGCACAGUGGCUGAAGGGGGGAACCCCUCGGAAAAACUUGAUGGACAUCCUUGUGAAGUUCAAUGGAGACAAGGCCGCCUUCAAGAAGAGGGUGGAGCAUAUCCGAACUAUGGCCCGGAGCAAGGACUUGACUAUCGAGUCAGGAUGGUACACAAAACUCACCAUGAAAACCAUCCUGGGGUGGGACAAGGACACGAUCAAAGGGGCCAUCGCCUAUUGUUCCGCAAAGGAGCGCUGCCAGACCCACAUGCGGCGAUGCAAGUACAAUCGCAAGGUUUGGGAAUAUUGGGUGGAUGUCAAGACCCAUGGGACAUUCAAGGCAACUGAAAGCGAGAUGAUCGAGGAUAAAACAAGUGUUGAAGGCCAGGCUGAGAGCUUCAUGCUUGGCCUGGAGCCAGGGCAGCCCUCGGAUCCUUACGGUCAGCCCUCGGAUGAUGAAAACUCCGCGGAGUUGUCAGACUCGGACAUGGAAGCAGGGAGUUCCAAGGGAGGUGGUAAGGGCGGGAAGGGCGCAGGCAAGAACAAGGGCUAUGCGUCCAAGAGGGCUGUGGAAAAUGUUGCGGAGGUGCUCGCGAAUAUCCUGCGAACCAAGUUUAGAUUGGAGAAUACAAUGGAGAAGUUGCGGGAGAUCCGCAAUGAGGAAUCCACAUCGUGUUUUGGUUGA